AUGAAUCUGAAGUCGAUCGCCAUUUUCGGCUGCAUCACGUCCAUAAUUGUGAUAGUUGCCUGCACCACCACCGUUUUCUACCUCUACAACAGGCUGAACCUAUUCUAUUUGAAAUCCAUGCGCGAUAUGGACGAGUUUAAGGCCUACGCAGAUGACGCAUGGACGGAGAUGAUCAGCGCUAAAAUUGUGCUCGCCAAGAGGAAUUCGCAAGACAAUUUGGGCAAAACCAAGCCGACUGGACUAGUACUGCAGGAACCACCGGACCGCGCCGGACAAGCGGGAAUUCCCGGCUUGGACGGAGUACCUGGCAACGACGGAUCUGCAGGAGUGAAGGGAGUGGCAGUGAUGUCAGACAACGCAUUUGGAUGUGUGCAGUGUUCCGCUGGUCCGCCUGGACCACCUGGUCCCGAUGGUGAACCCGGGGAACCAGGAAAAGACGGCGCACCCGGCAUUCCAGGUCCAAAUGGACGCGACGGUAGUCAUGGAGUACCUGGGAAUC